AUGUUGGAACCUAUUGCUUAUCUUGUAUUGAUGGUUGGUAACUUAUAUGGUAUAUGCAUAUAGAUUUGUGGAGAUAAUUUGAUAGCAAUUUAAUCUUAAGAACAAUACGAUAAAGAUUGGAUGAUUGUAUUAAUUGUAAAUUUGUAUAUCUAGAAAAUUUUUAAAUAGCAUUAUUCCUUAAUAAUGUCAUUAGUCUUUUAUUAAGAUAAAAUCAUCAUUGUUAGUUAACAUUUAUAGAAGGAUGUAAGGAAUGUAUUUAUGGUAUUUUUGAUGCUGAUUUUCCAAAAAACGAAAUGAAUAUUGAUGGUAUUUGCUAUUCAAUUUGUGGUGAUGGGAAUAAAAUUUGGUUUGAUGGAUGCUUUAAUUGUAAAUUUUCAUCUUAUCAGAAUUGUGUUAUUUUUUUGAGGGAAUUAGUUAUGAAUGUUAACAAUUCUAUAAAUUGA